AUGAGUAAAGAUCCGGAGUUAGCUGCGGCGGUUAAUCAGAAGAUGAGAGACUACAUCCAGAAGGGCUACAUUCGACGUUUGUCAGCGAGUGAAGCGGAGGACAAACGACCGAACGACUGGUUUCUACCUAUUUUCCCGGUUACCAACCCAAAUAAACCGGGAAAAAUUCGCAUGGUUUUUGAUGCGGCGGCAAAGUUCCGAGAGUUUCGUGUCGCUGUCGUGGGGGACAUUCGUGAAAUGUUCCAUCAGGUGUUGAUGCGAAGGGAAGACCAGCGGAGCCAGAUGAUCCUUUGGGAUGGAAACGAUCAACACGGCGAUUCGGCCGUGUACGUGGUAACCGUGAUGACGUUUGGCGCUGCUUGUUCGCCGAGCAGCGCACAGUUCGUGAAGAAUCUCAACGCAGAGCGAUUCGAGAAAGAGUUCCCGUGUGCGGCAAAAUGCAUCAAAGACGAGCACUACGUGGACGAUAUGCUCGUGAGUGUGGAAACGGAGGUUGAGCAAUGGCGUUGGAUCCCAACGAAAUGGAACGUAGCCGAUGACGGGACGAAGUGGACGAAAACACCGGAUCUAUCGCCUACUAGUCGCUGGUUCAACGGUCCGAGGUUCUUAUGGGGCCCUGAAUCACUCUGGCCCGCCGCCGAAGCACCAUCUACAGACACCCCUGAAGAACUACGUCCCAACGUGUUGCAUCAUACGGUGCAGGAGCCUCUCAUUAAUUUUCAUCGUUUCUCGAAAUGGAGAAGGCUUCUGCGGGCAGUUGCGUAUGUGGUGAGAUUUGUCACUAAUGUCCGUCGAGCCAUCAGGAAAGAUGUCAUUUUAGGUGAACCGCUGACACAAGAAGAGCUGGCACGGGCCGAGAAGAUCAUCAUCACCCAAAUACAGGCGGACGUGUAUGCGUGUGAAAUACGCUCUUUGAAGAAGGAUCCCUCUCAGUUGCAGCCGUGGAAGAGCAGGGUGGAGAAGAGCAGUCCUCUCUACAAAUUGUCGCCGGUACUAGACGAACACGGAAUAGUGAGGAUGCGAGGGCGCCUGGCUGGGACGUUGUCGGUCAGCGAAACACUGCAGCAACCUAUCAUCCUCCCUCGGAAGCAUCGUGGAACAGAGUUGCUAAUACUCAGCUACCACGAACGAUACAAGCACUGUAACCACCGCACGGUUGUUAGUGAGCUGCGAGCUCGGUUUUAUAUACCACGGGUCCUGUGUGAGUACAACCGUGUACGUAAGUCCUGCCAGCGAUGCAAAAUAGAUGGAGCCACUCCGGAGCCUCCCUCGAUGGGAAACGUUCCAUUCCAACGAGUUGCGGUCGGGCAACGAGCUUUCUCAUUCACAGGCGUGGACUAUUUUGGACCCCUGCUGGUUGCCGUAGGAAGACGAGUAGAAAAAAUAUGGGGAGUCAUAUUCACCUGCCUGACGUCCAGAGCUAUCCAUUUGGAGAUGGCUCAUUCUCUCACAACGGCGUCCUGCAUUAUGGCGAUUCGGCGCUUCAUCGCUAGGCGCGGAAAACCGUUAGAGAUGAUCAGCGAUAGGGGAACCAAUUUCGUCGGGUCGGCUCGGGAGCUGGAGGAAGCCUUGCAGGCCGUCGACGUUGACGCGAUGAUGGACGAAUUCGUUGGGCCCGAGAUGAAAUGGAGCUUUAAUCCGCCAGCUGCACCACAUUUCGGCGGAUGCUGGGAGAGACUGGUCCGGUCUGUAAAGAAAGUGCUGAGUCAAUUUGAGCUGCCACGAAAGCCGACGGACGAGGUGCUGAUGUCGACGCUGACGGAAAUCGAGUUCAUCAUCAACUCGAGACCACUUACCUACGUGCCAUUGGACGACGAGAUGGACACACCGAUCACACCAAACCAUCUACUACUCGGAAGCUCCAACGGGUGCAAGCAGCCCGCCGUAUGUGACGACAGUAGUACCGCCGUUAAAUCAGCAUGGAGAGCCGCCCAACACAACGCAGACGUAUUCUGGAGGAGAUGGGUAUCGGAAUAUCUCCCUACGCUGACCCGCCGAUCGAAGUGGUUUGAGUCGGUGCGGCCGAUUCAGGUGGGAGACAUAGUAGUUAUAGUUGACAAUUGUUUGCCGCGGAACAGUUGGCCGAAGGGACGCGUAAUCGAUGUAGUUAGGGCCCAGGACGGUCAACCUGUACCGUACCAACAAUCUACUAACAAAAUAAUGUUCCUGGAAGAAAAACCGUACGGUGUUUAA